GCACUGCAUGCCAUUCAGUUCUUCCCCCUCCAGCUCGAACUUCCAUUCUGGAACCAACCAUUAUGCUGAUGAUCUCCAAGGGCGUACACUCCUGUUGCUUAGUAACAAAAGUUUCACGGGUUGCGGAAGGAGCACUGAAUAGCAAGACCCUGCAGUGAGGGAAGUCCUUUUGCCACUACUAUUCCCUCCACACACACAAGUUUCUUGAAGAGCUGCCAUUUUCUGUCAAGAAAGUGCAAUUCAGAAUUCGCAGGACUGUGGAAAGGAAACUGUCCUGUGUUUCCUGCUCACAGGUUUAUUUACAGACUUAAAGACUAAUUCAUAACUCAAAGAAGAGCAGACAGAGGACAACUAUACAGUAACAGACUAUGAAGGCUCAGCCCACACAACUGAGAAAAAACAAGCAGCUUGUGACAUCUGUACCUUGCCUUCUAGGCCUUUCUAGCGACUAGCUGAGUCUCGUGUGUCUGUCUAUCUCUUGGUGGAGACAUGGCCAAGGGGAAAGCAAAAGGUCCACAAGGGAAAAGGAUCACCUUGAAGAUGGCCAAAAAUUCAAUCCGGGUAAGUUUUAGUGGAAGGCGCCGUCUUGACUUAAGCAAAAUGGGCAUCGCCACCUUCCCCAAAUGCAUUCUGGAACUGGCUGGUGAUGUGGACGAACUUGAUUUGAGCAGAAACAUGUUGAGAAAGAUUCCAAACACCAUUGAGAAGUUCCAGAACCUGCUCUGGUUGGACCUGCAUAGUAAUCAGCUUGAUGAGCUGCCCAAGGAAAUAGGCUCACUUCAGAACCUUACUUUCCUGAACAUAUGCAACAACAAGUUGACCACAGAAAGUCUGCCAGAGGAGUUGAACCUUCUCAAGAACCUCAAGACUCUUAACCUUGGCUUGAACUGUCUUGAGACUGUUCCCACCACUCUUGGGGCCCUGAGGGAACUCGUUGAUCUAGGUCUCUUUGACAACGUCUUGACCACCAUACCAAAGAGUGUGAAAAAUCUCCCCAAGAUUGAGAGAAUGAAUGUAAAAAGAAACCCUUUACGAGAGUUAGAAAAGCCAGAGGAGGAGAUUGACACCAUUAAACGCAUAGAAACACUUCACUUAAUAGAAGAGAAAGACCUAUGCUCUUCCUGCCUGAAGAAGUGUAAGGGUGAGAAGGAUGAGCUGCACAGGCUGGAGGACAUGACACCUAGCUCCUCCAAGGAGCUAAGUUUCCCUUUACUCCUUACACCCAAUUCCUCUGCAAAGGAUAAUCAAGAAGAAUGGAGAGUAAGAAGCACAGAUCCUUGAAAUAUACCCAGGCACUCCACAUAUCAUGUGCUAUGAAGUCCAGUCCAAAAAAGAAAGAAAAAAAAAUAAAGCUGACCUCCCUCUUC